AUGGCGACCCCUGAGAGCACAACUGGGACCCCCCCCGCCCCCGGCGCGCUCACGGUGAGCCCCGCCCCCGACGGGCUCCCGGUGCGCCCCGCCCCCGACGCGCUCUCGGGUGCGCCCCACCCCUGGCGAGCUCACGGGCGCCCCGCCCCGGACACGCUCCCAGGUGCGCCCCGGCCCCGACGCAAUCCUGGGUGCACCCCACCCCAGCGGGCUCACGGUGCGCCCCGCCCCCGACGGGCUUCCCCGGGUGCGCCCCGCCCCUAG